AUGGCCGAUCCAUUUGAAGUACGUCAGCGCUUCACGACACUCCUCGCGCACCUCAGCGCAUCGCAUACGUCCCUGCAAAAGGCCGCUCUGUACGCGUUAAAAAACCGAGAAAUGGACGAGGACCUGCAUUCUUGUAUUCUCGAGCAGCUCGAACGCAACAAUAUGAAUACGCGCGCGAACAUCAUGUUCUUCAUCGAGUGUCUAUGCGAAUACGCCGUCAAAGAGAACAACGCGGGAGACAGCAGCGCAAUGGGCUACGUGCGCAUGCUCCAGCGCGAUAUUCUGGCAGUGGUAGAAUGUGUGGUGGGCGAGGAGGGUGCAAACAUCCGCGUUGUGCGUAAAGUGCUUAAGACGCUAGAGAAUCUGCGUAUCCUCAUGCGGGAAACGGUGCAGGAGCUGGAGGCUGUGCUCAAGUCAAGAGAAGUAGCGCACCCGUUCAUGGCAACGGAUGCCGCGGGAGAUAGUAAGAAUAGUCCGGCGCCGACCGGUAAGAAUGGCGGACAGCGUAUGGAUAAGCGCCAGAUCGAGCAGAGGAUAGAGGAGGACAGGGAGAGGCACAAACGGCUCAGAGAGAGUAUUUGGGCUGUUCCGGGCGAGGGGUAUGAAGAGUUGGACAAGCUGUGGGAGGAAUCAAGCGAUAUUAAUGAGGAUGAUUAUACUACGGCGAGGGAGGACGCAGAAGAGAGGAAAAAGGUCAUUGCGUAUGGUUAG